UCAAUUAGAAAAUUCGCAGCAUGCUACACAAACAACAUGGGACAUGUCUAGUUACGAAAAUGAUUGUUCCGUCAGUGUAUGAUUCUUUCUAUAUUAUGUCCUACGGAUGGAUGCUUUAAAAUUAGUCUCGACCAUCGGAAAUAAUUCAUCUUUUGGUCAAUCUGCGUCGGACAUUAUACACGUAGAAGAUGAAGAGGACAUACAUGCUACACCAAGUUCCCGGAUUUCUAGCCCAGAUGAUCAAAAAAGGCGGAAAUGUAAGAAGAUAUCUGUAUUGCACCCUCCUGAUGGCGGGGUACCUGCAUGGAAAAUGGUUGGCGUUUGCUUCAUUCUAAACUUUUGCAAAGAAUUCCUACGAAAUAUAAUUCAACAUUCUGAUGGCUUCUCGGAUGACGUAGGAAAAGAACUUGCACAGGAUAUAUACAAUGUUUACAGCGGUUUUUCAAAAUUUGGAGGUGUAUUUGCGGCUGUAAUAUCAAUUCGGUAUGGAUACGGAAUGGUAGGUAUAAUAGGAUGUAUCACUGCAGCUUCUGGUUUGUUGUUAGCAUCCCUGUGUACAGCAUCUCUCCGAGGUUUGAUAGCACUGCUAGUCAGCUGUGUUUCCGGGAUAGGAUCAGGAUUUAUGGAAUAUGCGAUUCUCGUUGUUGUUUUAGAAUAUUUUUCUACCAAAAGAGUGAAAGUAAUAAUUAUUGUUAAUAUAGCAGCAAUAGCGGUGAAUGUCAUAUUUUCGGUACUACUGGAAUUAAAAAAACAUUACCACGAGUUAGUUUUACCAUGGAGUUUAACUUUUCGUUACCAAGCUAUAGGAAUGGCAGUAGCAGUUAUAGCUAGUGGUUUUAUACGCACCCUUGACCUUGAACCGGAGCCGGAUAUUAAAAAGAUCCACCGGCACCAUCAUCUACAAUAUUCAGACUUCUCACCAAAAGACUGGAAUGGCUUGGUGAAGGAUCUCACUUUUUACCUGUAUAUUGUGUUUUUCUUGUUAUAUGAUUUUGCUGAACAUCUUCCUAAUAUAAAAAAUAUUACUGAAAAUCAAAAGUGGGCGUUUGAUUAUGACCAGCUAAUGACAGCAAAAUUUGUGCCUUAUAUGGGAUUUGCUUGUGCCUCAUUAUUAAUGUGCGCUUGGAAGAAUCAAACACUUUCCAAUAUAUUAGCUGUACUUGGACCAAUUAAUUUCAUCGCUGGUCUUGCUACAUGUGUAAUUCUGCCAUACACAGACUUUGGCCUUAUAGUUUUUUAUGGGAUAUUAUUUGUAGUGGCUAAACAUUGUAUCUUGUGGAUGAUGUUAGAUGUGAUACCAGAUGAAUUUGGAAGGAACAACACACGUGUAUGUCUAGGCAUUGUCUGUUUUGUAGCAGGUGUUUGUGAAAUGGGAUCGGCCUAUGCCAAAGAAUCAGCAGAAGACUACAUAGAUGAACCGACGGAGAAAUUCAAAGCUGGCUUUAUAUUAUCUGGUGCUUUAAUCAUGGCCUCUGGUUUGUUUGGUAUAUUUAUCAGAUGUUUGAUUGUGCUAUAUAAGGAUCCAGAAUACCGUCGUCGCAAUGGACAGUGCUAGCAUAAGGGACUUCAAUUUAAAUUGAGGCGACAAGAUGUGACUCUGUUUCGGCAAUGACAUACAACAAACGCACAUAUGCCGUCAAUAGUACAUUGUACUGCUUGUUUAUGAGAUUUACUAUUUUAAUGCCAAGUAGAUUUGCUUCGAAAAGAUGAUGACCGAUUUAACCCAACGCUUAUAUAUGUAUAUGCCUUGACAUGUGUAUGAGUAUGUGAGUAUGCACGAGUGUUAAAAUUCUGUUAUUUCUGUUCUUUUUUCUUCCUCAGAGUUAUGAAACUGUAACAGAUUAUUAAAACUUUCUUUGGGGGUAAGAUGGGCCAUUUUGCAUUUACUGUGAUCGAACCAGAUCAUGGAAGAGAUGACUCUGAACAUUAACAAUAAUUUGUGAUAAUCAUUUUAUUUUUUCUUGUUAUUUACUUUGUGAGCGUCUUCACUAUAUUGCAUCAUUACUGAAGCCUUAUGUACUGUAUCAAAUAUCCAAGCGAAAUGUUUGGUGUCAUAAAUAGUAUUUAAUAAAGCAUUUUCUCUAGAAUCUGUCAGUAACACGAC